AUGCUUCUGUCGUCGUUGGUGUUGUUUCCGUUCGCAGUAGCUACUCUCAUACCUAGAGAACUUCUUUUCUCCGGUGGAAAUUACACAGCUAUCCAGCUGAGCCCAAAUGGAAGGUAUAUUGCUUAUAUAGCGUCAGACCAGAACAAAGUGAAGAAUGUGUUCGUUAAAUGCAUCACAUGUAAAAAUGCCCGACAAGUGACGUUCGAGAAGAGUACUGAUGUUUACGGGGAAUAUAAAGAUUUCGUUAUUCACUGGUCAGGAAAGAAUGUGAUUAUCUACCAGUAUGACAACGAUGGCGACGAAAACUGGAAGCUGUUCAAAAAGAAUAUAUCCGAAGCAGAAAUGGCUGCAAAUCCGGAGAAAAAGACGGUGAUCUCUGACAAAACAGCAGUGCAAGCUAUGUUUAUCGCCGAUACCCUUGAAGAUACCACGAAUACUGUUCGGACUGAACGACGAGAAUCCUGCUAA